AUGGCAGAGUCGGAACACAGCAUCCACGUGCUCCUCGCCGCGUACCCAGCCCAAGGCCACAUCAACCCGCUCCUCCAGUUGGCCAAGCGGCGUGUACAACCAUCUCCAGUUUAGCGCUACCUAGCGCGGCUCGACUCCGCGGGCUCGUCCUCGCUGGACGACCUCCUACGCUCGGAGGCGGAGCAGGGCCGGCCGGUGCACGCGCUCGUGUACAACGCGUUCCUGCUCUUCGCGCCGCGCGUGGCACGCCGGCACGGCGCCAAGAGCGCGGCCUACUUCACGCAGGCCUGCGCGGUGAACCUGGUGCGCGCCCACGCGUGGGCGGGCCUGCUGGGCGCCCCCGUCGACAAGGACAACGCGCCCAUGCCCGGCAUUCCGACGCCGCUCUCGCCGUCCGACUUCCCUUCCUUCCUCACGGACACGGCCGCCCCCGCUUACCUAGACCUGCUGCUGCAGCAGUGCCGGGGGCUCGAGGUGGCGGACUACAACCUCAUCAACUCAUUCGACGAGCUGCAGCCCAAGGAAGCCGAGUACCUGGCGUCGCGAUGGGGCGCCAUGACGGUCGGCCCCAGCGUCCCGUCGGCGUACCUCGACAACCGCGUGGCCAACGACACGUCCUACGGCUUCCAAAUCCACACGCCGAUGGCCGCCGAAUGCAAGGCCUGGCUCGACGGCAGGCCGGCGAGCUCCGUGGUGUACGUCUCCUUCGGCAGCCUCGCCACGCCCCAGCCGGCGCAGGUGGCCGAGGUCGCCGAGGGGCUCUACGACAGCGGCGCGCCCUUCCUGUGGGUGGUGAGGGCGUCCGAGGCCUGGAAGCUGCCGCCUGGCUUCCUCGACAAGGUUAAUAAUAAGGCCGACGGACGUGGCCUCUUGGUGACAUGGAGCCCGCAGCUGGAGGUGCUGGCGCACCCAGCCGUGGGGUGCUUCGUGACACACUGCGGGUGGAACUCCACCAUGGAAGCACUCAGCAUCGGCGUGCCCAUGGUGACGGUGCCGCAGUGGGCAGACCAGCCGACCAAUGCCAAGUACAUAGAGGACGUGUGGCACGUCGGUGUGCGCGUGAAAGGGGCGGUGACGAAGGAGGAGCUGACCAGGUGCGUGAGGGAGGUGAUGGACGACGGCAAGGGAUACCGGACGAAUGCUGCAAGCUGGAGCCACAAGGCCAAGAAGGCCAUGAGUGCUCAUGGCAGCUCAGACACCAACAUCACCCACUUCCUUUCCAAACUUCGACUCGGCAAAUAGAUCCAUCCACAAAUCAUGAAACGAUGGAUUCUAAGUUUAUAUCCCUUUUCUUCAGUGUUUGUCUUUGUUCUUGUGUAUCUUCGACGUAGCAUUCUUUAAGUUUGUUUUUGUGUAUCCUCAACCUGGCUUGUUAUUUCACCAUCAUUCUCAGAAUUAAAUAA